CAGCUCCCUGCCCUUCCCCAGAUCACCGGCGUGUCCAUCCUGCGAGCAGGAGAGACCAUGGAGCAGGCUCUGACCGCUGUGUGCAAGGACAUCCGCCUGGGCAAGAUCCUGAUCCAGACCAACCUGGACACGGGGGAGCCCGAGCUCCAUUACCUGCGCCUGCCCAAGGAGAUCAGCGAGGACUAUGUCAUCCUGAUGGACAGCACGGUGUCCACGGGGGCCGCAGCCAUGAUGGCAGUGCGCGUGCUGCUGGACCACGACGUGCAGGAGGACAGGAUCUUCCUGCUUUCGCUGCUGAUGGCAGAGAUGGGGGUGCAUUCUGUGGCCUACGCCUUUCCCCGYGUCCGCAUCAUCACCACCGCUGUGGACAAGCGAGUCAACGAGGAGUUCCACAUCAUCCCGGGCAUCGGUAACUUUGGAGACAGAUACUUCGGCACCGAUGGCCCCUCAGCCUGGUGUGAGAGCGACAGCAUGGACUGCUGAGCUGGCUGGCCCCAGGCCUGCUGGCCACAUUGGCUGCAGGGCUGGCCCCAGGAGAGACCCCCGAGCUGCCAGCCCCUGGCUCUCAGGACCUGCACAACGAGCCCCUUGCUGCUGUCUCCCUCUGCCCAAAGGACCAAUCCUUCCCAGGCCGGAGGAGAGAGGGAGGGGACAUUUAGGGACAUUCCUUGCUGCCAGAGCCCUGCUCGGGUCUGGGCCAGCCGUGCCUCCAGAGGGAGCGGUGUCUGAGGGGUGCUCAUCCUCCACCAGGGGAGGAGGGGAUCGGGUCCUGUCCCCCACCCAGGCUCAGCUCCAUUUCUGGAGUCUGUAUUUAUUUGUAUUUAUUAUGGGCAGCCCUCAGCUCCGGUGGGAUUCUCAGACAUCAGGGACUGGACCGAAUGGACCCAGCGUGUCCCUGCCACUCCACACUCCAUCCCUGCCCCCGGUCCCAGGUUUGGGGUUUUGGCAUCUGCCUGCUCUGCAGGUGCUGUCCCAUCCCCGGUGGCACUGGUGACCGGGGGUGAUGAGGUGACCCCGGUGCUGUCCUUGUCGCUCAGGUUCUUUCUCUAAAGGGCAGCGGUGGCAGCAGGAGGUUUUGGGGGCAGGGGUCUGCCCGUGCCCCCCAUCCCGUGCUGCCCCGGGACCCGGCCCUGCUGUCACCGCCCCUCGCCGCCGUUUUGUACCAAUAAAGGAGCAGCGCCAUUGCCGU